UUCGCGACGGGAAACCCUCUCGUCCGACAAUCUUCCGUUCGUCGUUGCGCCGAGACUUUCGUUUGCGGCGAGAGCGAGGGAAUAUGACGCUUUCGGAUGUGUCGCAUCCAUUUUCCGAGGACAAAAAACUCGAAGAGUGAACGUGAGCGAGAAACAACGUCGAAUAUAAAAUAAAUGGAGUGUGCGUCCAUCAGUUAAUUCGCCUCUCGAUUAUGCGAUUUCCGCACGUGACGAUGUUGUUGCGAGUCACGUUUGUUUGCUCGACGAAUAAUUGUGCCUUAAAAAAAGUUCUUGACAUUUCGGAACGGAUUUGUUGUUGCCUGUGAACGAGGGACAAUAGCCGAAGGAAUUUCACGGUGUUCGCAGCCAAACAAAUUAUGACGAGACGUCCGAGGGAGAUCUGGUGAUUACGUUUUACGUAAUGUGACAAAAAGCCCGUUCGAGAUACCGUUGCCGCGAAUACCGAAAUUCCCAUGUUCAGUUUUGAGGUUAGACUCUGCGGUACUUGAUGUAAACGUUUUCUCUCACUCUUUUGCGUAAGACAUUGGUACAGUCAAAUAACAUACACAAGUUGAGACCUUUAAUCACACGUUUCUGUGAAACUGUGCGAACUGCUAACACACACACACACACACGCAUACGUUCUUGUGGUGAUAGAGUUCAGUGCUUCGGUCUACGUAUUCAUGUAUACUAUUUGUGUGUACUAUUAUUGUGUGUUAUGUUCCCAUCUCGGUGAAUAGGGAUUGCAGAAUCAUGGCAGAUCGAGAUUAUGAUAUGGGUCCGGCAACUGAAAUGAUAAUUAAUGAUUUUGAUGACGAACGAACAUUGGAUGAGGAAGAAGCGUUAGAAGGUAGUGAAGAUUCUCACAACGAGUUGUCCAAUUUACAAAAGGAAGGUGAUAUGCCACUGAAAGAGCUACUUGCUAUGUACGGAUACGGUGACCCAUCGACGGAGAAUUCCAACAGUUCCGAUCAUAUGUUGCUGCCGUCCGGAAGCGGCGAUCCCGAGACUGAAGAGCAUUACUCGGACAAGGGUGAUAACGAUGCGGAUGACGACGAUGACGAUGACGAGGCCGAUGCCAGCAACGAGCCAGAUCUCAAACAGUUCUACACAGAAAUGCUGGUACAGGGAAAGGACAAAACAACGUCGUUGUCGGGAUCAACAACAAAGAGCAAUAGCGGGACAGGCGGCAGGGAUAACAGAAAACGUAAAAUCCACGAUGACGAGGAUGACGACGAAGAAGCUGAAACCGAGGAAUGUGUCCAAAGUGGAAGCGCAAAGAAAAAGUCGCCCGCGUCUGGAAGUGUGAAUGCGUGCGGUGAUAUAGCUAAUCUAGGAGAAACUAACAUUCCGGACAGUACUGUCGAAGAAAGUAGCAGUGCGAUAGAUGGUUCGGAAGAUAGGAUAGUUAGUGCGGGCGGUGGCAGUUCGAGAUUGUUGCGCAGCGUCUCGAGGCCGCAAAGCGAAGAAGAAGAGGACGAUUGUGAUUACAGUCCGGACGAGGAGGAUUGGAAAAAGACAAUCAUGGUCGGCACUGAUUACCAAGCAGCUAUACCGGAAGGUCUGUGUCGUUACGAUGAUGCGUUACCUUACGAGAAUGAGGACAAGAUGCUAUGGGAUCCCAGUCCUAUAUCCGAGGAGGAUACCGAAGAGUUCCUAGAACGCGCGCAACUUCCUACAGUAAAAGGUGGUUCGUUGCCGUCUGGUUCUCAUGUCAGAGAUGACGAGCAAGCCUUGUACCUUUUGUUGCAAUGCGGCUACAAUCACGAAGAGGCACUGCGAAGACGUCGGAUGAAUGUGCUCCCACCUACGGAUGCAGUGAGUCUUUGGUCAGAAGAAGAAUGCCACAAUUUCGAAUCUGGAUUGCGCACUUACGGAAAGGAUUUUCAUCUUAUACACAAAAAUAAGGUGAGAACGAGGUCUGUCGGAGAAUUAGUGCAAUUUUAUUACCUGUGGAAGAAAACCGAGCGACAUGAUAUAUUUACAUAUAAAGCUCGAUUAGAAAAGAAAAAAUACGCCCUACAUCCUGGUAUCACCAGGGACUAUAUGGACCGAUUUCUCGAGGAGCAAGAGGGAGUGCGGGAUCGUAGUAGUUCGCCGAACGUUCAUUGUUUGCUGUACGGUGAUACCAAACGUCAAAGAUCCAGCGCCAGCGUGACCAACAACGACGAGAUCAAAUCGGAAACUUGGGACGGGAACGCGGUCGAUCCGUUAGCGGAUGCGAACGGGCCGACAGCAGCGCCGCCGCCACCGCCGCCUCCGCCACCACCACCUCUCACGACAACAACGUCCUCGUCAAUGUGCAAUUCCAGCGCUUUAACCACGUCCACGUACUGUUCAUCGUCGACUCGUCAUACGGAUUGUUCCUCGUCUGAAUCAGGUUACAUGAACUCGACCUGGAGUGGUCUGGUAUCACGAAGUCAACCUACCUCCUCCGUCAUCACGACUAUAACAAUCAACACUACCACAGCCACUGCUACAUCAGCGGCGAUGAUCACGGGUCUUGGUUCGACCAACACAGUCAGCACAAGCUCCACCGCCGCCACCGCCGCCGCAACUGCGUCCAAUAACUACUAUCACCAACGAGUAACGUCAUCCAGGAGCAACGAUUCUCACGACACGCCCUCACCUGAGAACAUUUUACCUCAUUUGCCCCCUUAGCGUCUAACCCGUCCUUCAGGUGUUCACCCUGAAAGACGACGGAUGUCAUUACGCGGUGGCGUGUCCAAUUCGAUACUCGCGCCAUCGCUAUUGUCGUAACGCAUAAUAUAUAUUCGUUAUACAUACAUAGUAUAUAUAUAUAAUAUCAAGGAUUAUAUUUUUAUACUGUCUUAUCGUAAUGUAAUUAUCUUUAGCGCAAAUGUGCGCGAUAUAUUGUAUAGAGCGACGCGAAAGGACUAGAGCAUAAAUUAUAUUGUAAGUGAGAGUUAUAAAAGGUAAGACUAUAUAUAAAAGAAAAAAAAAACGCGAAAACGAGCGAGGAAGGGGAGUCUGUAACUAUCUUCUCUAUUUUUCUCUUCUCUGUUUUCGAACGUAGAAAUGUUCCAUAUUCAAAGAUGUAUCUUUCACAAACUUCUUUGAGAGAAUUUAGUAAAUCAACAGAGAAAUAAAACAUAGAGAUAUUGUAAACUUCAAUUAGAUAGCUCGUUGUACUAUGUAAUUAAUGUGUAGUUGAUCAUGAUUUAAUUUGUCCACGUGUAUCUAUCUUCGCGCGGAUUGGCAAUAAUUUUGUAAACAAAGGCGAAAUCUCGCGGAACAUUCGAUAAAAAAAAAUACAAAUAAGAAAAAAAAAUUAAAUCUGCAGAUCUAUUCUGUAACUUCUGACACGCACGUGUUACAAACAUUGACAAUCGUGCGUCACAAAAAUCACAAGAUCAGGAGUUUAGUCUGAAGAUGGUGAAAUGAUCAAAGUAAUCGAAAGUCAAUAAAAACGCGAUCAUCGUUAUUUUGAUAUAAAAUAUGCGCGUGUAUAACAGCGAUUUUUACUCAUUUGAAAGAUUUCACGUUAAGUAGUUGGCUGUGUAAAAUCAUAUAGUUUCUAUUUUCACAUUUUUCUCUAGCAAUUCUAUUUAAACAUAUUUCUUACACACUCACACACCCACGA